GUCACAAUGACACACUGGUCCACACUGCAACAAGUGAUUAAAGAGAUAGGGGAAAGAGACAGAGCGAGAAAGAGAAGAAACUGACACAGACAGACACCGUUUUCCCGCGGCCAACAAUGUGGGUUUUGUACGUGCAGUGAUAAACGCACGUCUCUGGAUCAUGGUCAACGGGAUACAGAGAGGGGUAAUUAGUAUGCCGUCCGAGAACCAAAGUGUGAACGGACAGAGCCUCCGUUACGUAACUAGAGACUCAGCUGACAGCAAAUGAGGCAUAAGACUUUUUUAAGAAGCAAACUAGGCUCCUCGUGUUGAGUGUGGUCUAAGCUACGCACUGGAACAUCCAACAGGUGCAACUAUCCUGGGACAACUCCAGCAGACCUCUGUGGUUAGCAUGCUAAACACAUCGGAUAGUAACGGGAAUUCACCGCGGGACCCGGUGUCCGUCAAUGUAGGAGGAGAGGUAUACACAACUACUCUGGACACCCUCACGCGUUGCCGAGACUCCAUGCUUGGCGCAAUGUUCACCGGCCAGAUCCCUUUACUGAGAGACCGGCGUGGAAACUUCUUCAUCGAUCGCGACGGGAAGGUUUUUCGCUACAUCCUUAAUUACCUGCGCUCCAACAGCCUCGAUUUGCCAGAGGACUUCAACGAACUGGCGCUACUGAAGCGAGAGGCGGAUUUCUUCCAGAUUCGCCCAUUGCUUGAUGAGAUUCGGCGUCACGAGACAGGUGGUGGUACAACAAGCUGCCGUGCCGCUAUGUUAAAUGUUACCACGGAAAGUGAGAUGCGCGUUCUGCACUUCAACUUAAAGCGUGGUCCUGAAAACUAUGAGUUAAGGUCGUGCGCUGUCCGUGUUCAUGUGGCCACUCUCUUCUGCACAUGUCGCGCAGUCCUUGAUGUCCUGUGCGCGCGCUUUUUAUACAGUGCAAGAGACGGUCCAGUUGCGCCCCAACCAAGCAACUCCCGUCAGAACUGCCUACGCUUGGAGUGGGUCCCAUGCCCCGACGAAAUGCCUCGAGACCAGCAUGAGAAGCACGGAUUCCGUGAGCUGAGAACCGAGUCUGCUUCUGAGCUGCGUGAUUCUCGCGCCUUCAUGGAGGAACUACUGCGAGUCGCUUUGGGAGAGGGUUUCAGAGUGGACUCUGUGUUCCCAGACCCGUCAGAUAUUCUGAACUGUAAUACUCUGCGGUUUGUGCGAUAUUGAGUCGCCUCGUAGAUAUGUAAAAGGUCAACUGUUUACCAUGUUUUCUUUCUUGUUGUGAAAUUACUUAAUUACUUCAACUCUAAGCCUAAAUUUGGAUAGGUUACACAUGCCUCCGCUGCCAGUUUCCUAAUGUCAUCGUCAGAAACAAUGAAAAGCGCAUGAGGCACACAAACACAAAAAAUAGUUCCAGCGACCACUUAUUAUCACUUUUUGUAGAUUCAAGUAAUUCUACUUAAAG